ACGUUGCUUCUAUACCCUCGAGCUCCACAUAGUUACACUCCAAACGAGUUUCACAAGCAGCUUCAGACUCCAUUCACACUCCAAAUCUCGCUCCUCAGUGCCACAUUCUUCCAUCACCGCUAUUCCAUAACCACAGUCAUCCACCGCAUUCUUCCAUCAUCAACACCUUUGGGACUUCCAUUACUCUCGUCGUUGUCAAUCAUCACUCUCGGUCCCUUGAACAAACAGAACCUGGAGUUUUUCUGAGCUGGGUUGGAGCUGAAUCCAAGGUACGGAAGCUUCUCAGUACAUCCAGUUGGGAAAACUAUUGUGGAUGCUGCUCAGAAAGUUAAUUGUACUAACACUAAGGUUACAGAUGGAACAUUCCUUGAAGAACCUGGUUCUGGUGCAGUAGCAACUGUUGAUAACAAAAAGGUCUUUGUUGGGACAUUGGAUUGGAUCACCAGUUACACGAUUCCUCACAAGAAAGAUGGACUUAGAUGUUGCGAUGAGGUGGAUCCUAUUGCCAAGAUCCUUAAAGAUAGACGGUUGAAUGAGACUGCCGUUCUUGGUGUCCCUGUGAAAGCCACAAUCAAAGAGAUAAGAGAGAUUCGCCAGAAAUAUGAUAUGGUGACCUACCUGUUGGAGUAUAUUGACUAUCCUGACCAAAUUCCAUUUGGCGAGGGGAUGUCUGAUGUAGCUUCAAGCAGGGACCUGCGCCUUUCAUUGGAUUGGUGUCCGGAAAAGGGUUGGACAGUGCCUAUGCCCACUGCUCUAGCCUACUUUUGUGAGGUUUUGAAGUCUAUUGGAGGUGUUCUUCCAGAACCCAUGAAAUACACUGCCAGAACCGAAGAGAAUAGUCUAAGAUCUUCUGGUACCUCACUGCUUAGGACUCUCAGAAUUCAGUCUUUGGGAAAGCUGAAUCCAAUUGAUUUGAAGCGCUUGUCUUUCCAUAUGUCACCACCCCACAAGGCAACUCAAAACAAGAAGAUUAAUGAGGAACUAGACAGAGAAAUGGAAGUGGAUCACAAAGAUGGAAAAGCUGAAAAGGAUGACACACCAGAGGAUCUAGUUUUUGGUAUGGAGACAACAGAGAAAUCAGAGAUAACAAAUGGAGAUCAUAAAGAAUGUGAUGAAGCUCAAGCAAUGCAAGAAGAAAAAGAGGAAAAGUCACAAUCUCCCAAACCAUUGGAAACAACAGCUAUGCUGAUGGAGGAAGCACCAAAGCUUGCAUCAUCAUCAAAUUCAUCUCCAUUAUCGCCAGUAGUACCAGCAACAAAUGUUAUGCAGCCAAAUAAGGCAAUGCUGGCUCCGCCACCACCACCACCACCUCCACCUGCACCAUCAUCAGCCAAAUUGCAAAAAAGUUUUGUAUCACUUAAUAUGCCACCACCACCUUCUCCACCACCAGUGCCUCUGAGCUCAAGCUUGAGUUCAGUAUCAUCACCUCCACCACCACCUCCCCCAAUCAUGUCCUUGAAAGCGGGAUCAGCUCCACCACCUCCACCACCCAUGUCCUUGAAAUCCGGAUCAGCUCCAGCACCUCCACCACCACUGCCACGUGGAAAUGGGGGUGCUGCAUUGCCACCACCUCCACCUGGUCCAGGUAGAUGCUUGCGGCCCAAGGCAACUACAAAAUUGAAGAGAUCAACACAAUUGGGCACCCUUUAUCGAACUCUGAAGGGAAAAGUGGAAGGGUCAAGCCUCAAAGGCAAGUCGGGUGGCGGGAGAAGCAGCUCAAAUGGAGCAGCAUCAAGCUCCGGAGGAAAACAAAGUAUGGCUGAUGCUCUAGCAGAGAUGACAAAAAGAUCAUCUUACUUCCAACAAAUAGAAGAAGAUGUUCAAAAAUAUGCAAAACAGAUCCAGGAACUGAGGUCUGCUAUUACCAAUUACAAGACUAAAGAUAUGACAGAUUUGAUUAAGUUCCACCAAGAUGUUGAGUCUGUUCUUGAGAAGCUAACUGAUGAAUCACAGGUCCUAUCAAGGUUUGAAGGUUUCCCCUCAAAGAAGUUAGAAGCUAUGAGAAUGGCAGCAGCACUCUAUAAUAAGCUGAAUUCAAUUCUUAACGAGCUUCAAAAUUGGAAGAUAGUGAGUCCUGUGAAUCAGCUCCUUGAAAAGACCGAACGUUAUUUCGAUAAGAUCAAAACAGAGUUGGAAGCUUUGGAGCGAACCAAAGAUGAAGAAUCCAAGAAAUUCAAGGGCCAUAACAUUGAAUUCGACUUCCACAUUCUUAUAAAAAUCAAAGAAGCAAUGGUGGACGUCUCCUCUAAUUGCAUGGAGUUAGCACUAAAGGAGAGGCGCAGUGAUGCUGCUAAGAAUAAUAGUGAUGGGAAAAGAAAAGAUUAUGCAAAGUUGCUAUGGAGAGCUUUCCAAUUUGCAUUCAAGGUUUAUACAUUUGCAGGUGGAAUUGAUGAUCGUGCUGACAAGCUCACAAAGGAACUUGCUAGGGAAAUAGAGAGUGAUCCAAACCAACCGUGAUCCUGCACACAAAAUAAACUGAUAUAUACUGUAUACUAUAUACUAAACUAUAUAUGCAUGUAGUUGGAGACUUGAACUUAAUGAGACUAUAUACUAUAUAUCUGACUUUAUGCAUAUCCAUUUUAACUUCAAAUCCGUUUGUAUUGUAAACGAUUGUUGGAGGUUUGGAGUUUUUUUUUGGAUAGGAUGCAACCUUGCUUAAAUUUAAGUGUUGAAAAUUAGUUGCUAGUAGAGGUUGGAUGCUUCAAGCUACACUUGCAGCUUCAUAACUUUAUUCUCAACAAAGGACACAUUCAGCAGAGAAAUUUUUUUGACUUUCU